AUGUCGCCGGUGCGAGCGUCGACGAAGCUGGCGACGCGGGCGCGGUACGCGGCGAUCGACGAGGACGCGGGCGAGGAGGACGCGGCGAGCUUCGUCGACGCGGAUGAUCGAAUGCCGUUCGGUCGCGCGAGUGAUUUCCCGCCGUCUUACGGCGAGGCGAAGGCGUUGAAACGCGUUGAGGGCGAGGCGUCGGUGAGCGGGGAGCCGUCGAGCGAGGAGGAGGAUCUCGAGGCGGCGACGCCGAGGGACGAACUCGGAUUUGAAGUUCCGGAGAGUCUGCGGGAGACGCACGAGGCGCGACGCGCGGUGCGCGCGGAUCACAGGAUUCGACAGAUGGAAUAUUUAGAGGUGUAUCGGAACGUACCGGAGAAGCAGAGGGGCGUGGGCGGAGACGCGUGUUUGGCGCUCGCGGUGAAUGGAAUUCAUCCGGACCACCGCGCGGAGAUUUGGGCGGAAAAGCUCAAGGCGCAUGUGAAGCAGUACUCGAGUUCGCAUUCGUUUUAUCAGUACUUGGAACUCGGGCAGGCGUCGUUGAGCGACGCCGAGCGAGAGCUCAUCGAGGGUGACGUGCGCGCGGCGUGCCCGACGCAUCCACUGCUUCGCUCGGAUGUCGCGGAAUCGACGUCCAGAUCGACGUCUUCGUCUUUCACGCACGCGUUCGCGAACACGGCGAGCGAGGGGUUCGUGCUCGGUGGAAAGGGCGUCGCAUUUCAAGAUUUCCCUAGGACGCUGAUAAACAUAUUGAUAGCCGCCGCCGAGCGGAGUCCGCACGGGUACUGCUCAGGAUUCGUCGUUCCCGCCGCCGUGAUGCUGUUGCUCACCGAAGACGAAGAGGCGUCGUUUUGGAUGCUCGCUGGGUUCACGGAAGACGUGCUGUCGAGCGUCAUCUCGCGCUCGUGCAUAAAUCUGUACGCCGAAGCCAAGUACAUCGACUUGGACGUCAUGCUCCACGAACCCGAAUUGGCGGCGCAUUUGAACGAAGGCGACUGCCGACCGAGCGUCGUCGUCGCCGGCUUGCUCACGCGCGUGGGCUUGGGCGUUCUUCCCACCGAAAGCGUGCUUCGAUUGUGGGACGCGCUCAUUCUUGAAGGCGGCCAGGUACUGGCACCGUUUAGCAUUUUGGUGAUGAAGGCUGCGAAGGAGCAGCUUCUCGCCGCCGCCGUCGGCGACCUGUGCGAGACGUUUGACGCCGAGGCGGCGCGGAUGCACGACGUCGGCGAUACUUUGAUGGACGCCAUCGUCGCCUCGAGGGAAAUGAGUUCAAAAUUUGACUCAUUGAGCAUAAGAUUGGGCGAACGCGAGGUCACUGCGGAUGUGUUGAACAAUCUCUUCAACUUUAGAGACGUCGUACGUUCGCUCUCAGAGAGCGCCGGCCCGGAGGGCAUCGGGCGACAGGAAAUCAUCACUCGCGAAGAGCUUGAGGAGGUCGUGUGCGCGACGUACUGCCUCGAGCAGUUCACCGACGUGGACACGGCGGUCGACAAAAAGUACCAGAGUCGUGAGUUGCUCAUGGCGUACGAUUUAGCCGUGCGUCACAAAGAAGAGCUCAAGACGAAGGGCUUGCGCUUCGACGAGUUCAUGAAAGUGUUACGCGUCAAGUCGAGCACGUCGAGCAAGCUGAAGAUGCUCGCGGUAAAGGGUGACACCGUGGAAGCGCGGGUGAAGAAUUUCAUCAUCGGUGAGACGAACGACGGUAUGCCUACCGAAAAGUCGGUCAAGUUGGCGCUCUUUGUCGCCAACGGCGUCAUUCCCACGCAGCGCCUGAGCAGCGCGCCGGUGGAGAGCAAGAUUUUGAACGGACUCGCUUCGAGCGAAAAUUGGUACUGCGAGAUGCGCAUGAACGCCCGCGCGGCGUUAAUUCUCGCAAAUUUCGCCAUUCCGCUCUUCAUAACCGAAGACGCCGUCCCGAGCAUGGAACGCGACGACGCGAGCGACUCGAAAGACGCCUUUGACGUCUCGAUCAUCGCGUCCAAAGCGAAAGCGCUGGACGAUUCUCCGCGCGCGUUCGGCGGUCUCGUGCCGCUCGCGCACACCGAGUAUCACAUUCUCGUGCAAACGCGAGAAGGCCCGCCUCGAGUGGUGAAGAAACGCUUCAGCGACUUCAAAUCGCUUCACGAAGAGCUCCGCAAAAGCGGAUGCUACAACGUCACUCGCGUCGCCGAAAACGCCAUCGGCACCGACGCCGCGCUGAGCGUCGACCCACACGUCGUCGCCUCACGUUCGGUGAGCUUACAGCGAUAUCUCGAUCAACUCAACGCGUGCGGCUUACCGAAAGUCCAUCGCUUUUUGCGCGCGUUUCUCGGUUUGGACGAGCCCAAAUCCCGAGUCUCGCGUCUGCGUUCGCUCUGCGCCGCGUGUUCGCCCGCGCGCAUCGUCUGCGGUUUCACCGCUCGCGCGCGACGACGAUAAUGUACAACACUCUGCAUCAAU